CAACUACUUUCACUCCUAGCAUGCCUAUCCAAAAGAUCAAGGCUCGCCAGAUCUUCGACUCCCGCGGCAACCCAACGGUCGAGGUAGACCUCUUCACCGAACAUGGGAGGUUCCGGGCUGCCGUCCCUUCUGGCGCGUCUACGGGCGCACAUGAGGCCCUCGAGUUGCGUGAUGGCGACCAGACGCAAUACCUUGGCAAGGGUGUUAGCAAGGCCAUCGCCAACGUGAACGAUAUCAUCGCGCCCGCGCUGAUCAAGUCUGGCCUCGGGGUCAGGCAGCAAAAGGAAGUCGACGAUUUCCUUAUCAAGCUCGACGGUACGCCUAACAAGGGUAAGCUGGGUGCUAACGCCAUCCUGGGCGUGUCGAUGGCGUGUGCUGUCGCUGCUGGUGGGGAGAAGGAUAUCCCCCUCUAUCAACAUCUAGCUGAACUGGCCGGUGUCGUCCCUCCCUACGUCAUGCCCGUCCCCUGCUUCAACGUCAUCAACGGCGGUGCGCACGCGGGAAACAAGCUCGCCUUCCAGGAAUUCAUGAUCUGCCCCGUCGGCGCGACCUCUUUCCACGAAGCGAUGAAGUUUGCCACCGAGACUUACCACACGCUCAAGAAGGUCAUCAGCAAGAAAUAUGGGAUCGACGCUGUGAACGUCGGUGACGAAGGCGGGUUCGCGCCCAACGUCGGCGGUGCGGAGGAAGCGCUCGACCUUCUCGUUGAAGCGAUCAACACGGCAGGGUACGAGGGCAAAGUCGUCAUCUCCGUCGACUCUGCUUCCUCCGAGUUCUACAAAGACGGAAAGUACGACUUGGAUUUCAAGAACCCCAACUCGGACCCGAAGGCGUUGAUCACCGGCGAACAGCUCGCAGAGGAAUUCAAGAAGCUCAUUGCCAAAUACCCGAUUAUCAUGGCUGAAGAUCCCUUCGACGAAGACGACUUUGACUCGUUUGCCCUGCUCACGAAACAGGUCGAUAUCGAGAUCACUGGGGACGACCUGCUCGUCACGAACGCCCAGAGGCUCAAGACCGGUAUCGAGAAGAAGUCGUGUAACGCUCUCCUGCUCAAGCUGAACCAGAUCGGUUCUGUCACUGAGGCGAUCCAGGCUGCCCAGCUCGCACAGUCCGCAGGAUGGGGAGUGAUGGUCUCGCAUCGUUCUGGCGAAACAGAAAACACCUUCAUAGCAGACCUCGUCGUCGCCCUCCGCGUAGGGCAGAUCAAGACGGGCGCGCCGGCCCGCUCGGAACGGGUGGCAAAGUAUAACCAGCUGUUGAGGAUCGAGGAGGAGAUCACGGAGAGUACGGGCAAGGCAUCGAUCUUUGCUGGCAGGGCGGCGUUUGCGGCGGGUGUGAACCCCCCGGCGUUGUUGAAGAAGUAGGGGAUGGGAGGUGUGCGAAUGUAUCGAAAGUAAAAAUGUUCGAUUCAGGAUACAAUCACACAUGUUUGUUAUAUU